AUGGGAGGAAGGGCCGUGCCCCCGGAGGAACCUCUGCUCUCGACUUUCGAGGAGGGCUUUGGCUACAUCACCUCUGCUGCAGUCGGACGUUCGCUAAAUGAGUAUCAACUCGUCUGCAAACUGGGUUGGGCUGCCAACUCCUCCGUGUGGCUCGCGCUCGACCACUCGGCGGACACAAGGACAUUCGUUGCCUUGAAGAUCUUGACGUUGCAAGCCUCUGCAACAAUUGUCGGGGGUCAUUCACCAGAGAGAGAUGUAUUCCGGAAGAUCGAAUCUGCCAACCCCAACAGCCCCGGAUUCAAUCACUGCUUGGCUCUCAAACGUUUUUUUAUUGCCAACAGCGCGGCCGGCGGUCACAUAUGCUUUGUUACGGAGCCGUUGAGCUCGAGCGUGGCAAACUUUCGAGUGCCUGGGCAGGAUGGCUCGCCCUCCCAUUGUGAAGCGCAUCAUAGAACAGGUUCUUCUCGCUCUGGACUACCUUCAUCGUGA